AUGAAAACAAAAGUGUUCACAACAUUGACCGAACGCCAACUGCUUGAAGAAAUGAACGAGUCUCUUACAAAAUCUCCUGUAUCAACUAGAAGCGCAGUAAAGGCUCUAAACAACCUAUUUUACAUGUUGAGCACAAGAAGAUUGUCUGAAGCAACAAUUAGAAGCGUCUAUGUUGCGCUUUUAAAGGGAUUCCAGUCGAAGGACCUCUACUUGAAGCUCUGUAUAUACUCUGCCAUUGAGAAAAUGUCUAAACUUACUGAUGAAGGCUUGGUUGGAAUCAACAUACUAAUGAAUGAUUUAAAUGGAAAGAUCCCUGAAAAUACUAAGGCAAUGACUUUGAGAACCUUAUUUUCUAUUGUACCCUACGAAAUGGUUUAUGAUUUUAGAAAGUAUAUAAACCAGGCUUUUGUGUCAACUUCAAUGGCCAGAAGAGACAUGUCUGUUGUUGUGGUUUACAGAUUGCUUUGUAGCAAUUUUGUGCAGGUAAAGAAAUGGCUUGAGGGGAUUGAUCUUACUGGAAAUCCUUUGAUGGAUUACCAUAUUGCUAGGUUUCUAGCUCAGUCAAAGAGGCUUCAGCUGAGCUCUAUUGAGAAUCUCAGGGGGCCUGCAGGGAUAGUAGGAAUCAGGAUGGCAGCAGAUAUGCUAAGAGAAAAUAGCGAGGCACUUGUUAUUUUUAGAAAGUUUCUUAACUCGAAAUUUUGCGACGAGGUUGUGUUCAUGGAAGCUGCAAAGGUGGUAUCUGGGCUUAGUGAGGAGUAUGGAUCGCAAUUUGUCGACCAAACGAUCCAGUCCUUACGAAUAUUUCUUAGAUCUACCAACAUGAUUCUACAGUUUACUGCCAUGAGGAUUAUCUCGCAGCUUGCACAAAAAUAUCCUCAGAAAGUUUCUGUUGCUAAUAAGGAAAUCGAGGAUCUCGUAUCAUCUGAAAACAAAUCUAUUUCGAUGUUUGCAAUUACUUCUCUGCUUAAAACAGGAACGGAGGAGACAAUUGACAGGCUUGUGAACUUGAUUCCGAGUAUGGUUCACGAUAUGAGCGACGGAUUCAAAAAGAUUGCAAUUGAGACGCUAGAGUCACUGAGUGGCCUUUUUGAGUCGAAAAAAGCAUUAUACAUCGACUUUCUGGGAACAUCACUGCUUCAAAAAGGAGAACUCGAAUUCAAGAAAUACAUAAUUGAUGUUAUCUCAAGAGCUACAAGAGAUGAUGAUGCAAGAGAAAAAAUCCUUGAUAUUCUUUGCGCCUAUAUUGAAGACUCCCAAUACUAUCAGAUAACGCUAGACAUCCUAGGGAUAUUCGGUAGGGAGAUUCCUAGAUCAAGAACACCUGGAAAGUAUGUUGUUCAUGUAUUGAAUAGACUUGUUUUAGAAAAUAACCAUGUAAGAGCAGGGGCACUGCAAUGCCUAUACAAUAUCUCUUCCAUUGUUUCGCCGUCAACAGUUGAGAAUGCAAUGAGAAGAUGCCUCAAUGACCAGGACGAGUCAAUUAGAGAAACAGCAGCCUUUCUGUUGAGAAAUAUGAGGUUGGCAAGGGCAUACGAGCCCUUUAGCCUCGAUGAGCUUGGAGAUCUCAAGGCCCGUGUGCUUCAGCAUAUAGGAAAGCCUUGUGAGGGCAAAGAGAUCGAAAAGGACCCCUUGAUAAAGAACUGUAGAGAAUUGGUUCUUACUGAGGCUAAUACAGACGUACAGAUAAAGGUUGUUAAAAGAAUUUAUGAGGAUAAGCUGGUGCUUCAGUUUUCAUUGAAGAACAAUCUUGAGGGAAUUCAGAUAUGUGAUGGGAUAUUAAAUCUUGCCAGCUCUGAUUGUGAGAAGAGAAGCCUGAGUAUAAAGAUCGACCAGAUAGAUCCGUUGGGUUCUAUUUCCGUUGAAAGGGAAUGGAAUUUAAAAGAAGGAUGCGUGAUUAAUGGUGCAUUUGAUUACACCAUCUGCGUUGAGGGAGAUAUGUCUGAUACUGAGACGGAUUCCAUUUCUCUUUAUCCCUUCCAGAUAACUACUCUGGAUUUUGUAAGACCCGUUAGGAUAAAGAAAGUCCCAGGAAAAAAGAACGAGAUCACGUUCAACCUCCAAGGAGACAUUUACGCUGCAGGAAAGAAAGUUUUGGAUCUUUUGAACAUGAAGAUAAUAAGCCAGGAGACAGAGAACAACACAAUGACAAUUUUGUCACAUGGGGAGUAUUAUGAAACACCGAUUGCCAUACAUGUAAAUCUGGCUUAUAAUGUAGCCUGUAAGUGCAUUAUUGAAGUAUAUUGCGAUAAUGAGCACAUGGCACAGAAGAUUACCAAACUAUUCGAUUGA